CCGUCGGGGCAAACGGGGACCCGACAACAAGCAACCCCGAGCAGGAGCAGCAGUAGCCAGCAGGAGCACUCGCCAAACCAGAGAAGAUACCUACCGUGCUACGGAGUACCUUGGGUGGGAACUGGGAAAGCAGGAAGUCACUCUGGGAUGUCCCUCCGAAAUCGUCUGAACCGGGCAAGAAGUGUCAAGACAGGGAAGGUGGGAAAAUCUCUUCACAUGGAUUCCCACCCGCCCGCCUGCCGACACUCGCCCGCAGCAUUCACCAGGCACCUUAGUCUAUUCAGCAGUUCUGCAUGA